AUGUUAUGUGGCCCAAAUAAACAAAUAGCAAGUGGUGUUUUAAAAGAUGAUAAUGGAAUACUACUGAUAGACACCGAAGAUAUAAUUAACAGAUGGGAGAAAUAUAUGAAUAAACUAUAUGAAGACAAUGGAAGAGGCCCUAUGCCAGUAAUAGGCACAGAAUCUGGCCCAAAUAUAUUAAAAGAACAAGUUGAAUUUGUAAUCAAAUGCCUCAAAAAUGUAAAAGCUGCUGGUCCAGAUGGCAUAGCGACUAAUAUGUUAAAACUGUAUGGUGAUACUGUAUGCUUAUAUCUCCUUAAUGCUGUUUACAAAUCAGGUAAAUUACCAACAGACUUCUUGCACUCAAAUAUCAUAACUUUGCCCAAAGUGAAUAAAGCAAUGGAUUGUGACAAGUUCCGAACAUUUUAUUCAAGAUAG